AUGAGGUGUGUCACUCCAGGAUCGAUUGCCUAUAUUGCUACUCAGGUGCGCUUUGCCCUGACAUCAUCUCUGGUCUUUUCUCGCACGGACACCGUGAUGGACACCGAAAGAUUUUACACCAGCAUUCUCGAAUUGCUUGAAGACCCUUAUGAAAGUCAGGAAGUUCAUGAUCUCUAUGUUUGGUGGAACAGGUAUGUACUACUUCAAGUUCACAGUACAGAUGGGCUCAUCGGAGUGCAUAGCGCGUUGGCUAAAAUCAGGGAGAAGCGCGCCAUGAUGCAAGCUCGAAUUGAGGCUGGUCCCGAGGUCUUUACCAUCCCCCAUGAGUUCCGGCGGAAUCCGGCGGAUUCCAAGCAGAAUGUCGGAAUUCCAUGGAAUUCCGACAGAAACUAG